AUGGAGGAUAGAAAGAAACGAAAGGCAAAGGAUCAGCUAUCGCCAUACUCUGCACCAGUUGAUGCGAACGAGGAUGAAGUGCCUGUGAUGGAGACUGUUGACGGAUCAAGUAGGAAGCGUGCAAAGGCAAGAGUGGGUGGAGGAAUGGAGAUAGGAAAUGCAGAACCGUUGAAGGGUGUUUUGAGUUCGUUGAAUCUUUCCAAGCCUGUGGUUAUGGAUGAUAAGAUAAGUGGAUUGAACAGAUGCUUUGUAAGGGCGAUACAAACAGUGAUAGAGACUGAGUCUAAUAAGGACUUGUCGUAUCUGUUCAGGCAGUAUGAAAGGUAUUAUGAGGAACUGAGUAAAACAAACGGAUGA